UGCGGGGCUUUUUCCUCCCAUCGCUUCCUUCCUUUGAGCAAUGCGUUGUCAGGCAGGGAGGUGUGAGGAGCCCGGCUCUUCACUCCUUCGUGCUGCACAGGAGCCAUGGCGGAGCGGGCACUGAGGAGGAGCCAACGGCCGGAGCUCAGCGGGGUCCACAGCGGCGGAUCAAACCAGGAAGGAUUCACGUUAACGUUAACGUUACCUGCCGGAUACAAUGGUGGCGGCUUCUAAAGUUUUACAAUCAUCUUCAGCUUUUGUCACAGCUGACCGGUUCAACUUUUCAAUAACUGGCAUUCCCCUAAUGUCGACGGGAACAUAGCGACACCGAGUUUGUUUUGCUUUUCUUUUCUUCCAGUAACGUUACGUGUUUGCCCUGUAAAGCCAUCUGCCUCGGGCGUAAAUCUGGCGCACUGUUCCGCAGUGGCUCAUAGAGCGCCUCUUUAAUAUUGCAAAGCCGAGUCACUGGAGGUUACCAUGGGGGCAAAGCAGAGCAGCCCCGCUGCUAAUCCAGCUGCUAACGGACGGACCAGAGCCUACUCCGGCUCGGACCUGCCCUCCAGCACGUCCAGCAGCAACGGCAGCAAUGUUAGCAGGACUACCGCCGGAGGUGUGAGGUACCACGCGUACAGUAGUGCGUCUGGAGCCUCGUCUAGCACCAGCCAGCACCUUGGAGCCAGGGCCAGGUCUGUGGGGGGCUCCGGGACCAGACCUCAGUCCGGUAUCACCAUUCCGAACAGCAGCGGAGCCUACAGCUCCCAGGAGUCAGGCGGCAGUAGCCCGGAGGAAGCGGACAGGGAGCGCUCGGGCGGAGGGCACGAAGGUCCCCGGCUGUUGAUAGGGUCACUACCAGCACAACUCUCGCCUCAUCUGUUCGGAGGCUUCAAGUGCCCUGUGUGCUCCAAGUUUGUGUCCUCCGAUGAGAUGGAUCUUCACCUGGUCUUGUGCUUAACCAAACCCAGAGUGACCUAUAAUGAGGACGUCCUGACCAAGAAUGCAGGGGAAUGUGCAAUCUGCCUGGAGGAGCUGGUCCAGGGAGACACCAUCGCUCGCCUGCCCUGCCUCUGCAUCUACCACAAAGGCUGUAUCGAUGAGUGGUUUGAAGUGAACAGAUCAUGUCCGGAGCAUCCAUCAGAUUAAUUGCUUUUUGCACAGGUACUCCAUUUCAGAGAUCCGUGACAUUGUGAAGUGUGGAUCCAGAAGACUGCUGGACACUGUGAUCAGUUUAUCUCUCUCCCCCACCACCCACCAAUAAUGUAGUACCAUUGUGUGCCAAAUCUCAUUUAAGCAAUCUUCAGGGAUACAGACUUUUAGUGUUAAUGUUUGGGUUGCACAUCCACGCUCAGUCUCAGGCCCGACGGACUGAUCUCCAACCUCACAUCCUCUCGCCGCCCCCACAGGACACGAUGGCAGGCGGGGGCUCUUCUUCCUGAGUGGCCGUGGGACGGCAGAUAUCAGCUGGAUUGUACACCAGGACACUGGAGGAGGUGGUGGACGUGGUCCGUCCCUCCCUUCCUCCCGCAGCAUCAGUCUACCAGUGCCUUGUUGUUUCGACGCCCCCCCCCAGCCACGGCAGGACAGGACUGUAGCAGAGCCAGCUGGAUCAACUUGGGGGGACCAUCUCAUCUCAACUGCCAUCCUACAGUUAGAGAUGUUCCGAUACCAUUUUUUUCCUUCCCGCGUAUCGGCCAAUACCGAGUACCGAUCCGACACCAGCGUGUUAAAAAUACUUCUAUUUUAUUAUGUUUUAACAGCUGUGUACUACUAACGCCGAAUGGAUGUGAUAUGAUUGCUAUGGUUGUGAAACGUAACGGAAAAAGAACAUAAAUAAACUACUUUUAAAGUAGGUCUUCUUCGGGGCUAAGUUACGUGGUACUGGAUCGGUGCGUAAACUCCAGUCCUUGCCGAUAGCGAUACCAGUGUUUUAGGCGGCAUUGGAGGCUUUUCUGACACUGGUAUCGGAACAUCUCUUUCUACAGUCCAGGAGAGACAAGCCAGAGACAGGAGAGCAGCAGAAAUCUCUGUCUGCAUCAGCAGCUCGGACAUUUUCAGAACUGAAGCUGCUGCAAACAUGGUGCCAAUCAACUGUGAAUAAUGUCAAACACACACACACACACAAUCACACAAUCAUUAGUGCUUUUUAAUCAUAUACCAUGGAGUAGAGGUCUUCAGGUACAGAAACCUGCACCCCGCUUCCUAAAAAAGGAUCCCUGACUCACCAACCUCAGCCGACAGCAUUGAGAGUAUUGCUGCCAUCACGAAAACAAAUAUUUGCUCAGUUUAUUUGCUCGUUAUAACGAGAACUUUUUCUUGUUUCCACUAGAUCCUUUUUCGCAUUAUAACAACAUAUUUUUCUUGUUAUGAUGACAUAGCUAUGGAGGGAAGUUUCUACUUAGAACAACUUAUCAUGUAAUAAGAAGAAACCAUUCUUGUUUCAAAGAGAAUCGUUUUUGUGGAAUAACUAACGUUUUGUGAUAUAACAAGAGAAACGUUUGUUCUUAAAACGGAAUUAGUCUGUGUGUAGUUUCAACGAAAUGUAUAUAACAUGAAAGAUAUAAUUUUAUAACAUGAAUGGGAUCUCAUAACAAGAACCGUUUUCACAUGAACGAGCAAGUGAGAAUUAGUUUCUUCUUCUUUUUGUAUAGUGCUGCUCCAUGGAAGAUUUGAUUGUUUUCAUAAAGUCUGUGAUGUAGUCUGUAAUGUAGGCUGUGUAGUAAUUCUAGCAUUUGAUCAUACUUCAAAUGUUACCAAUAUGAUGAAACUGGUUCCCAUUCAGAGUAAAAAAAAAAAAAAAAAAAUGUUGAAGUUCACAUUUGUCAUCUUUUUAUUCUUGUGUGAUGCAGAAGAGAAACCAGCACAAAGAUUUUACUGAUAAUCUCCUUUAAACAGGUGAGCAGUGCCAGGUGCACAGAACUACAACAACUCUAACACUGUCAUAGAAAUGGAGCACAUAGAGCAGAUUGGGGUAAAAUAGAUUUAAAAAUAAUUGAAUUUAAAAAAGCUAACGAAACCUAAAGCUUGAUGGAUAGGGUAUUAUGUGUGCAGCAAACAUGAUCCUCUUUUAAAUCCACAUUUCAGUUCUUUGUUUUUCCAUAAUCCCUAAUUUAAAGGUUCCCUGUUAGUUUUUGUCCUUUAGUAACGCUGUGGAGCACGGCACGCACAGUCCUGCCGCUGAGGUCCCGCUCCUCCACUGAUCUACAGGUGACCGUAGCACGCCAAGAUACUCUGCAAUGCAAAGAUACUCGGCAAAGGCACCACACACAAAUGUAAACAAUGCAGACUUUGCAUUCAUGAAAAGAGCUUUUUUUAGAGCUCAAGAAUGCACACAAUGUUGGUGAAUGUAAACUCCACAGGACAUCUUUAAAGGAUCGCGAAGAUCCAGGACUUAGCCAAAACAUUUGAACAUCGACAACUUCUCAGUCCCUCCCCCCUUUCCGCUUAAGCCCAAAACGGCCUCCUAAGCCCCUCCCCCCACAAGGGAGAAUGAAUGCGUGCGCAUGAGCAGUGAUUGACACGCAGUUAGACGUUUGAUUCUGCGUACCUGACGCUGCUACUGUACCUGUUUAAAGGAGCCUGCAUACUGAGGAAGGCAUCAGCUGCAAUGUUUGUCCAUAACAGAUAUCACAGAUAAUGCAAAUGUGAAUUUCAAACACUAUUUUUGAAAGUGUUUGUGGGGUUGGGGGGCGGGGAGAUCUUCAGUCGGAUGCUAUAACACCUCAGCCAGCAGGGCUCCCCACGAGAUGAUGUAUCUACUCCGACUGAACCAGUUUACUGUCAGUUGGAGCUGCAGGUUUUGCUGGUUUAAACCACAGAUUUGUAUCUAAAGACAGACGAUGCGUCUCCACUUCCUCCCGCUGUACAAAAGUAAAGUCAAAAUCUCCCAGGUACGGGCGCUGCCAUCUUUCAAUUUGGAGCCGGAGUAAGCUCAGUAGUGAAUCGGGCGCUGGAGUCGCGGUAUUAUUUAGUUUGGCCGAUGUCUCAUCCACUAACAUGGAGGGGGCGGGGCUUAUGGCUUAUACUGCAGCCAGCCACCAGCGUGUGAUCCAGAUGUUUUGGCUUCACUUAUACAGCCUAUGCAUCAACCCCUGGUUGAAAACGCAAAAAGUGACCUUUACUAUAACUGAAAAUACGGGUGCACGAUGGCGCUACCCAUGUACCAGUAACUGACUGGUUAGUAGUGAAUCCGAGUCCGCUGAAGGGGGUCCGAUAAGAACCAGACUUCUUAAUUCUUCUUAAUUAUCCUUUAUUGCCUCACAAUCACCACACGCUCAUUUCUCCAACAGUAUGUGGAUGUGGAUGUGGUUCUGAAAUGAUAUAAGUACAAAGUAAAUAAUGUGUAUGAUCCUAUAACUAAGUUACAAAUAAACCAUUAACUUAAAUCCCAAAUCAA